GUCGUCUAUCGCUCCGCAGUCGCAUUUCUGACUCGAGAGUACGAGCUUGUGUCGUUUUAACCUCUAACGUUACAAUUGACGCGGUGGUGAUAGAAAAUCUUUUUCUUUCACUUUUAUAAAUACAAAGUAAAAACUUAAAUCUUUCUCUGUCUCACUCUUUCUUUCUCUCGGUAUUUUUAGACACGAAGAGAAACACGUUUCUCUCAAAUACCGAUAUUACAUCUGAGAAGAUGAGCACGCCGGUGAAGAAAGUGCCCAUCCACCUGCAGAGCGCGCAGAAUCGAUUAUUGAUCAAGAAUGGAAAAGUUGUUAACGAGGAUGGUAUAAUCGAUAGUGACGUUUACAUCGAGGAUGGCAUUAUUAGACAAAUGGGCCGCAAUCUCAUUAUACCGGGUGGUACAAGGACCAUCGAUGCACGUGGAAAAUACGUAAUGCCAGGUGGUAUAGACCCGCAUACUCAUUUUGAAUUGGAAUUAAUGGGUGCCAAAACAGUCGAUGAUUUUUAUCAAGGCACGAAAGCGGCAGUCGCCGGUGGUACGACGAUGAUUAUCGAUUUUGCCUUCCCUCAAAAGGAUGAAACCAUUCUCGAAGCUUAUGAGAGGUAUAGACAGAUUGCGGAUGAAAAGGUUUGCUGUGAUUAUGCUCUUCACGUGGCUGUUACAUCCUGGAGUCCAAAAAUAAAAGAAGAAAUGACGUUAUUGACGAAAGAACACGGCGUAAACAGUUUUAAAACGUUCAUGACUUAUUCUUUCAUGUUGAGGGAUAUUGAUUUAAUCGAAGUAUUCAAAGCUUGUAAAGAAUUGGGAGCAUUGGCUAUGGUUCAUGCCGAAAAUGGCGAUAUUAUUGCUGAGAAUAUUAAAAAAUUAUUAGCUGCUGGAGUGACCGGACCAGAAGGUCAUGAAAUGUCACGACCUGAAGAAGUUGAAGCGGAAGCAGUGACCAGAGCUUGUAUGAUAGCAAGUCAGGUGAAUAGUCCACUGUAUAUCUCAGCGGUGUCGAGCAAGUCAGCUGCCGAUGUUGUGUCCGCGAAAAGAACCGAAGGUGUCAUCGUCUUUGGAGAAACACUAGCAAGUAAUGUGGGUAUCGAUGGUACUGAACAAUACGGAAAAGAUAUCGAAAAAGCAAGAAGUUUUGUAACUAGUCCACCUCUAAGGCCAGAUUCGACUACACCUGCAUAUCUAAUCGAACAUUUGGCUCAGGAUGGUCUUCAAUUAACUGGCAGUGAUAAUUGUACCUUCAAUACCGAACAAAAAGCUUUGGGUAAAGAUGACUUUUCCAAAAUACCAAAUGGAGUUAAUGGAGUCGAGGAUAGAAUGUCCGUGGUAUGGGAAAAAGGAGUACACGCAGGAAUCAUGGAUCCUACGAGAUUUGUUGCAGUUACCAGUACAAACGCAGCGAAAAUAUUUAAUAUUUAUCCUAGAAAAGGAGUGAUCGCUGUAGGCUCUGACGCCGACAUCGUUGUUUGGGAUCCUAAUAGGAAACGUACGAUUUCUGCUCAAACUCAUGUACAAGCUGUUGAUUUUAAUAUUUUUGAGGGUAUGGAAGUUCAUGGUGUACCUGAAUACGUUAUCGUAAACGGUCGUGUAUGUGUGGACGAGUGUGAAUUAAAAGCCGUUCAUGGUUUUGGAAAGUUCGUAGAGACACCAACGUUCUGCAAUUAUGUAUACGACAUGAUAGAAGAACGUGAGAAGAGACCUAGAGGUGUACCACGAACGGAAGCAGAAGCAAAGAAGUAUGCCGAGGAGGAUGCUGCUAUUGCUAAAGCUAGAGAAGCAGCAAAGGCAGCAGCCGCAGCAGCUGCUUUGCAUAAUAAUCAAACAAACGGUACUCAUGAAAGUCCUAAACCGAAAUUAGCACCAGUCGAUUGUAUACCCACUUUACCUGACUCUGCAAUUAUGACGCCAUCAUCGAAAGGUCCUCGAUUAGAAGGACAAAGAAAUUUACAGGAUUCUACAUUCUCUAUCAGCGAGGACGUCGAAGAGGCACGAAGAGCUUGCAUUCGUGUUAACAAUCCACCUGGUGGACGUAGUGCGGGAGGUUUUUGGUCUGUUCCAUCUAAGGAGGAUUUGGAGGCCACUACCCAGUAGGUUGUAUACUACUUGUAUUCAUUCACAUACACACACAACAUAUAUAUAUAUAUAUAUAUACAUACAUAUAUAUAUAUAUAUAUAUAUAUAUAUAUAUCUUUCUACUUCUCGCUUCAUUAUCUCGCUUUUAUAAUCGCUUCAUUGUCAAGUUCCAUUGUCAUUCCAUUAUCGCUCCGUCGUCGUUUUGUCGUCGCUUCUCACAUUUUGACCUUGGAUUUUCUUGAUAUUCCAAAAAUAUGUAGAAACAUGAUCUAUAAUUCAUGUGAGCAAAAAAAUAGAUCUAUCUUCAAAAUUAUUCAUAUAUAAAUAUAUAAACUGUUGAUAAAAUGGAUGUAAAGAAAAAAAAACGACGAUUUAAAUCGUUUCAGCUUCCAAGGUCAAUUUUUGAGCUCUACCUAUUAUUAUUUAUUAAAUAGAUUACAAAACAUUUAAAGGAACUUUUCUCUCUAUCUUAUUCUCGCUCUUUCUCUCUCUGCUAUAAUACAUAAUUUUAUAUCUAACGUGUAGAUGUUAUCUUACGCGCUUAGUCAUUUUUAUAUACAGUUGCAUUGUCCUCAGGAUAGGAAACAAGAUGUGGAAAAAUCAAAAAUUAUCGUAAUUUCGUUUGUUUUUUCUUUUUCUUUUUUCUUUUUUCUUUUUUCUUUUAAAAUAAUUGAUACCUCUUAGAUCUCUAUUAACAUUUUACUUUUACCCAUGACAAUUACGUAUAUAUAUAUAUGUAUUCAUAUAUUUGAAGAUAUACGAAAAUUUUUGUUUCAUAGAUAUCAUCCUCGACAGCCAAAAAUAUGUUUUUCCAUAGGCAUUAAACUUUUUAUCUCUUUAAAAAUGUAACUAAAGAAGGUGAUUGUUUAGAAUAUUACGAUCUUAAUCCUUCAUAUAAUUACAGAAACUGACAAAAAAAAAAAAGAAAAAAAAGAGACAUUUUCUUUUGUUGCGAGAUAAAACGUAUGUACUUGCAUUAUUAUUAUUUGUAUGUAUGUAUAUGUCUGCAAAAUCAAUAAUGUUGGAGUUGUAAAUGUCUCACAUACAACAGUCACAAGUGUCUAAAGAUUGAUUGGUUUAUGAAGAGAUUUAAUAAUAUGUUUGUUUUAUAUUCGAAAUUUAUGUUAUAGUUGUAAUGUUAUGUCUUAUUACAGGUAAUGAUAAUAUAUUUGAGCAUAAGUACAAUUUAUUGCAGCCUUAAAAAAUAUUAUGUAAAUAUAAAAAAAAAAAAAAAAAAAAAAAAAAAAAAAGAAAGAAAGAAAGAAAGAAAAGAAAAAUAUCAGUUAUAUAUAUAGUUUACAUUUAUAUUAUUAACAACAAGAUGUAAUAUGCGAUUUGUUUAAACUUUAUCAAAGGUUUCUCAGUUAUUAACAAUAUUUCAAAGUGAAGCCUGGAAUUUGUUAAGAUUUUAACACAACUUUCAGUAUAUAUUUCUCGAUUAAUAUAUAUAUAUAUAGUUUUUAUUUGUAAGAUGUUAAUCUUGGAACUUUUAUGAUUUAUAUAUACGAUAUAAAAAGAAAAAUAUAUAUAUAUAUAUAUAUAUAUAUAUAUAUAUAUAUAUAUGUAUAUAUAUAUAAAUUCUUCUAUUAAAGCGUAUCCGAUAAACAGUGGCAGCUGAUGCACGAAUAACUCAAGUCGAUAAAAUUUAUUGUCGUUUCUUCUUUAAUAUAGAUUUCGUAAUUAUGAGCUGCUGUGAAAGCUACACGUUACGCACAAAUGUUUUACAUCAAGAUGAUUAAAUAUUUAAAAUGUCCUUUCAUUAAACAAGCAAUUUACAAAUAUGUGCAAUUAUUACAUAUAUAUAUACAUACAUUUAAAAAGAAACAAUAUAACUAAAGAAGAAAAGAAAAGCAAUUAGCAAAAUAAUAAUCUUCUAAAUAUAGUUUUUUUUUUUUUUUUUUUUUUUUUUUUUUUUUAAUGUUACAUGUAUCAUUUCUCUGUUACUUUAUUAUAUGAAUUUUAAAGUUGAUAAUACCACAUUCCAAUCUGUCAAUUUCUUUUUCUUUUUCUUUUCCUUUUCUUUCCAUACUUUUUUAUGAUAAAUGAGAAUGAAUUAAAUCAUUUGUAAUUAGAAUAAACGUUUCUUUUAAAAAAGUUAUCUUAAAAUAACUCUCGAAAGUAUCUUCAUUUUGGAGUAUUAAAAAUGGUAGUGCUGAUUCGUAAUAAUAAUAAUAAUUAUCAUUAUUAUUAUUAUUAUUAUUAUUGAUAGUAACAAUCGAUCUGAUAAUGAUAAACAUUAUAUAAUAAUUGUCAUAUAAAUCAAUGUUAUUUCUAAUGAAAAACGUGUGAGACAUUCACGAAUGACCAAUUCAUAGCAUUGUAUCACUGAGCUGUUAUUAUAAUCAUCUCUCACUGUUAAUAGAAUCAUAAAUAGAGACUUGUGUCGAUUUUUUAGAUUGAUUACCAAUUUUCUAGACAAAUUUUAUACAACAUUUUUACAAACUUUUAGAUAUUCAUAACAUUGGGAUUUAGGACGUAUGAAUUUUAGCAUCUAGUUUUUUCCAAAAAUGAACUAUUCGAAGGACACUUCAUAGGCCUUUUAUUGGCAUACAUUUUUUAUACAUUAUAAAAUGCAUUAAGUAUUUAUUUUGUUUAUAAUAUAAUUUAAAAGGAGAAUAACAAAAUAAGAUCAAUUGCAUUUAUAUUAAAAUUGUAUUCGAUUGUAUUAUUUAACAAAUUAUUCGGACGAAGAAACAAUUAUGUUCCAUCUCAAUCGAUUUAUUACAAUAUCAUUAUUAUUAUUAUUACAUUGUUAAUUUAGAUUAUAAAUUGACGCACAAUUGACGUACGUAAAAUGCGCUGAAAUCUUUACUGCUAUUUUUUUUUCUUUUUUUUUUUUUUUUUUUUUUUAUUAUUAUUAUUAUUAUUAAACGCCACUAAACAUGCUUCGCAUAGAAGCAAUAUAUAAUAAACAUAGCUAAUAAUAAUAAUAACUGGGUGAUGUGUUUGUGAAAGGAGCUUUGCUAAGAAUUGAAAAUUCUAUACAAUAAUAUUAUUAUUAUUAUACUUAUCGAUGUGUUCACGUCAUGAUGUGAUUCCGAUUGGAGGAGUAUUCAGAAAAAUUAUGUGUAAUAUAUCGAAUAUAUAAUUCUAAGAUUAUAUAUAAAAAAUGAUAUAUAUACACAGACGAAUAACUAUUUAUGUCUGUUAUUAAUUAAUGUAUAAUGAUAGCUUCAAAAUAAACAUAACGCGAUAUUAAUAACAAAGGCAUUUAAUUUUAAACAAAAUGUUCACAAAUAUGAUAGUCGAUUUAAAACUUGUCUUCUUAUAUAUAUGGUAAAUGUUUUAAUAUUAUAUCAUUAUUCUUUUGUAGAAAUUCAUUUCUUUCGCUAAUACUGCUAAUGUAUUUAUUUAAAAUUAUGAGACUUUAAUAUCGUUAAUUCUUUAAGUUACAAUUAGUCUGUCAUAAAUAUAUACAUAUAUCUAAAAUUAAAAAAUUGAAUAUUGAUUUUGAGUAAAGAAUGUAUGCUAGCUGAUUUUUGUUCAGUCUAUAUAUGUAAGAGAAAAUAAGUAUAUCAAUGAAAAUUUCUUAUUUUAAGUAUUCCUCUUUAAUGAAAUUAUGAAGUAUUAGAGCAUAUUAUUUUCUAUUUACCCAUUGCAUAUGCAGGUAUUUAAGUAAUCUUGACAGCUUAUUGCACUUCAUAAUUUUAUUAAAAAUAACGACUAUUUUUAAGCGUUCAAUUAUCGCCUGUAUAUAUAUACAUACAUAUAUAUAUAUAUAUAUAUUAUAUAUAUAUAUAUAUAUAUAUAUACAUAUAUAGGUAUAUAUAUAUAUGUAUAUAUAUAUAUAUAUAUAUAUAUAUAUAUAUAUACCUAUUAUAAUUGUGCCUUUUUGUUUGGUUUAUUCUGCCUUUUGCCGAACCUUCUCUAAAAUCUGUUUUAAUUCUGAUACCCUUGUCGUCUCGUACUAAUAAAAAAUUUUAAGUAUUAGAAUCAAAAGAAAAAAAAAUAUUUAUAACUAUUAACGCUAAACUUACCCCACAUUCGUUUCGUGAUAAGAUGAGCUGUUUCUCCAGCCUUUCACCUUCAUUAGGACCAAAAUAUUGUUCCAAUUGUCGUUUUGUUAGAUUAAAUAUUUCAGCACCGGUCAUAUCUUUCAAUUGUUUACAAACUCUAUAAAAUUAACGAUGACUUAAUAUUUUUUUAUUACUUUUUUAUAUGUAAUAAUUUUUUAUACUUACUUAUCUGAAAAUCCUUUUGCAGUCAACCAAGAUUGAACUUCACGAGGAGUAGAAUAUUGAUGUAAAACUGUUGCUUGCAUUUCAAGAAUAUUUGGGCUACGUUUUUUUUGUCUAAACAUGUUUAACACAUGUUUAAGUUCCUCCUGAACUUGGUCUUGAUUACACGUACCUUAAAAUUAGUUAUGAAAAAUAAUUGUAAUGUAUAUUUAUUGUAGUAUAUUGAUUUUGAAAACUUA